AUGGAAGCAGUUGGCCUUGCCCUCUCCAUUGUCGCGACCAUCGACAUAGCUAUCAACCAUGGCCAUGCUCUUGUUGAGAUGUGUCGCUCUUUCAGAAAGGCCGAUAGUGAGAUUGAGCAUAGGGUAGUACUGAUUGAAAGCUCAAUGUUUCGGACCAAGAGCCAGCUCCAGUUGAUCAAGGAGAUGCACAAUGAACUGGAUGAGGAUUUCAAAACCAUGCAGCUCAGAUUGUACCAUGCUUUCACAGCCAAGCUGAAGGAUGUCAUCGGCAGGCUCGAAAGACUAGUAGAGCAAAGUGUGGGCGAAGAUGGUUCCCCGAGUUUCUCGGUGAAAAGAGGGAAGUACAUCUUCGUCAAGCAGAAUCUCGAUGCUGCCAUUGAAGACAUGGAGCGUUGGCAAACUAGGUUCGAUCCGACAUGGAAACUGAUCACUCUCAAGCUGGAGUCGCCAUCAGUGGACAUGUUGUUGAAAGGGCAUGACGAGGCAAUGAACAAAGAUGAAUCCGGCAUGUCGUCUUUGAAGGCCACAAGAGCGCUCAGAGGAGUUGUAAAAGACGGCACGAGCUCGGGCGUGAGUGUAUUCCUGCCAGCACGUCAGCUAGAAGGCAUGGAUGUGCAGCGUAUACCUUUCUCGACUGCGAGUGUGUACAGUAAUCCGAAGCGACGCUACCUGGUCGAUAGCAUUGAUCUCGGUGUCGAGCACGUGGGCAAGAGCCGGACGAAAGCUUUGGCGAAGAAUGUCAGAGAUCUGGCUGAAAAGUUGCAGUUCGUGGAGUCUGCCAGGGUAGGCAUGCUCCAGUGCAAAGGGUGGGUUGAUCUUCGUGAGAUGCUAAUAAAUGCCGUCGAGCAUAGCCUCACCGAGCGAAUGCACAUUGCCAAACAGCUUGCCAGAGCCGUCAGCUACAUCCAUUCGUUAGGAUUUGUGCACAAGAAUAUCAGGCCAGAGACAAUCAUCGGCUUCCGCACAGAGCGGCAGAAAGGUGAAUUGGAGUCCGUGUUCCUGACCGGUUUCAGCCAUUUUCGCGCAGAACACAAUGCCACAGGCAAGCUCGGCGACGCAGCGUGGGAGAAGAAUUUAUAUCGCCAUCCAGAGCGCCAAGGUAUGCAUCCAGAGGAAGAAUAUGUGAUGCAACACGACAUCUACAGCCUCGGUGUUUGCCUUCUCGAGCUCGGACUGUGGACUUCGUUUGCGGAGUAUGAUGGGGAAGGAAAGGCAAGCAGAGGGAAGUUGCUGAGUCUCAUGACCGAGGCGACUGACUCCAAGGAUGCGGAGGAUUCGAAGAAGAUGCUUGUCGCCAUGGCGAGAAGGCAGUUGCCGUCUAGAAUGGGUGAUCGGUAUUGCAGUAUUGUUGUCAACUGCCUGACCUGCCUAGACGACGAUAACGAGGAUUUCGCGGAUGAAGCUCAAUUCCACGACGAAAGUGGCAUCCAGCUGGGUAUCAUGCUGGCUUUGGAAGAUAUUGAAAUAUGA